CUUCACCACCGCCCGCGAAAUGCCUUUUUGCUGAACCCUGAGCCUCUCGUAAAUAUUGGAAUUGGGCAAUAUUGUUGGAGACUUAGUUCACGAUGCUGAAGUCUACUUAUACGCCUCCUCCCCCACUGCCUCCUGGGUGGACAGAGCACAAAGCUCCCUCAGGCCACACGUACUAUUAUAACUCCCAAACCAAGCAAUCCACAUACACCCGACCACAGCCGGUUACUACAGAACCACCAUCAUACACACAAGCCCCAAACCCUAUCGCCAAUGCUCCUUUCCUUACGCCCGAUACGUUACCACCAUUUUCCUCUACACCAUAUGCGCCUCAGGGAUACGGUACCUCAUCGUACGGUGCUCCUGGAUACAAUCAACCACGACCUGGCUUUCGCGGAGGGAAACCAUACCAGGAUCGUCGGCACCGGGGCCCCGAAGACCGGCCGCGAUCGAAACAUGCUAUACCUGGAUGCGAACCCUGGAUUCUUGUGAAAACCAAACUGGGAAGGAGAUUUGUUCAUAAUCUAGAGACCAAUGAGAGUUUCUGGAAAAUUCCGACGGAGGUCUUAAAGGGAGUCGUUGAAUUUGACCGUCUUGAGCGAGAGAAGAAAGAACGAAUUGAGCGAGGUGAAACGGUGGACGAACCGGAGAGAGCGACAUCGGUUCCCGAAGAAGAGGAGAAUCGCCAACAUGGGGAUACUAAAGAAACCCAGGAUGCAUACGAAGAGAGCGACGAAUAUGAGGAAGUUGAGGUUACGGAUAGCGAAGGAGAGGACGAAGAUCAGCCUUCCAAGCGCCUGAGGACGGAGGGCGAAGAUAACCAGGGACCCGUUGAAUUCACAGAGGAGGACAUCGAGUACCAGCUCGCUGCGAUGGGAGAAGAUUACGGCCUGGACCCCGGUGAAUACGGCGAGCCUGGAGAUGAAGGCUGGGAGGAGGGCGCUGAAGGACUCCCGCUCACAGAUGAGGACGCUUCAGCUCUAUUCCGCGACCUCCUUGAUGAUUACAGCAUAAACCCAUUUUCGACAUGGGAGAAGAUAAUCGAGGAAGGCCGCAUCAUAGAGGAUUCUCGCUACACUGUGCUACCAAACAUGAAAGCGCGCCGCGAAGCAUGGUCCAACUGGAGCCGAGAUCGAAUCCAAGAGGUCAAGGAACGCAAAGAGAAGCAGGAGAAGAAGGACCCGCGUAUAAAAUACCUCGCCUUCCUUCAAGAUUAUGCAACGCCAAAGCUAUACUGGCCAGAGUUCAAGCGAAAGCACAGGAAGGAGCCGGAGAUGAGAGACUCCCAGUUAUCAGAUAAAGACAGGGAAAAAUUCUACCGCGACCUCGUUUCUCGCAUGAAACUCCCGGAAAGCACGCGAAAGUCUGACCUCUCUGCGCUCCUCAAGUCUACGCCACUGCACGAACUCAACCGCUCAUCGAACCCUGAAGCUCUUCCGCCGGCAAUCCUCACUGACCUGAGGUACAUCGCUCUGUCACCCAAAAUCCGCGACCCAUUAAUAGAAGCUUUUAUUGCUACGCUGCCCGGUCCACCGGAGGAAGACAUUACUCCCGAGCAGAGAGAGGAGCUGGAGAAGAAGAGGGUGGAGCGCGAAAAGCGGGAAAAGGCGCUUGCCGAACGUCAAAAACAAGUCCAGGAUGAGAAGCGAAGGCAAAGAGGCGAGCUUGCGCGUGGCAGGCAUCUUCUCGAGGAGGGCGAGGCGGAGAUACAGGAGGCGAUGAAGAUUGGGAAGAGCGGGCUUCGUAGCCAUAUUGAGCUAGAGACGCAGCAACCUUCGAAUGAGGAGUAAGGAUCUAGUAUAACCUUUAAGUGAAGACAAUACUAGUGUAUAGUAAACUAUUAUUUGGACUAUAGCACGCAAAACCUCAGCUUGGCUUGAGUUCUAGAGUACAUUCAUUCUCAAAUUAGAGUACAAUUGGGUCGUUAAUCAAAUCUCAUGUGCGAGCACUGCGGCUGGCCUGGAUCCAGCGUGAUAGCUCAGUUGCGGCGAAGAGUGCUGAGGGAUACUAGUACUAGAGUAUGUUCAAGGGUUUCGCAUAGAGUAUGGGUAUCAACGUAUAAUAAGGGCCCUGAGCCUUCCCUGUAAAAAGACGCCUUUCCAAACCUGUCGUUUUCGCAGGCUUCAUUAAGAAUUACCUAAAUCGCCAGUUGUCCCAGUCGUCAUCAUCGUCGUCAUCGUCAUCGUCUUCUUCGUCUUCGGACUUGUCACCGUUCAAGGCGGCCUUAGCUGCUUGCUCCGGUGGAGCGGCAGCCUCGUCAACUUGAAUGGGCUCUGCACUAUCCGUCGCUCGUUUCAUUCUCAGCUGCUCGCGCAUCUGCUUUAACCGCCUUACUCGCUCCUCUAAUUGCUCCAUCUCGUCGAAUUCUUCCUCCAAAAAUCGAGCCGCAUCUUCUCGCUCGCCCUCCGCCUCCGCCUCCCGAUUCCGUCUCAUUUCUUCAUUUUCUUUCUGUUGCAGGGCAGCAAGUUCCUCCGUCGUAAUCGGCGCAGCGGAUAUCGUCGCGGCUGCCGCAAGCGCAGCAGGCUUCUGUGGUGGGACACGGGUCGGUGCAGCAACCUCGCGCUCAAAGGCCGCCCACUCGUCCUCGUCGACCGCCUGAGGGACAGCCGGAGCCUCAGCUGGCGGUAUGGAAGUUGUCUCGAGUACUUGUGUGGUAGUUUCGACCGUUUCUUCCACGAUAUCAAGCUGUGUUGGGGUGUUGUCUGUACUCAUGACAUCCUGCGGCAAGGCUUCGACGUCAUCCUCUUCUUCUUCAGCUUCGGCGACGAUCUGAGCGCUAGGAGGCAGGAUUUGGGCGUUCGCGAGGAGCUGUUCCGGAUCCGUGUGUCUUACUUUCUUGCGCGUAGCGGACUCCGUUGGAUCGACUUUUCUCUUCUUCGUUACGCGGUUGGGUGUGCUCCCUGUCUGGGAUGUGCCCCUUCGGGAAGCAAGCUCGUUUCGGAGCAGUGAGCGGACGUCUGCCAUGGCGGUGUCUUGGGUUAUGGUCGAAAUUAUGUAUCAGGUUAGAAAGGCGACUCGUUAGGUUCUUGAGCUCGAGGUAUAUUUGUAUCAAGAGUCGUGAGAGCUGAUGAUGCGGGGAUCUGGAGAAGCUGAUCAAAGGCGCGAAAAAAUAACGCGACCAAAAUCGCCAAAGGCAUGGCUGGCGUCUGCCAAGCCUCCCGGAGCCUCGUAGCACGUGAACAAAGCUAAAGACCGACACUAACUCCGAGAUUCCCCAAUCAUUCUCCUCACUCGCCUACGGAAUAUUUUUUUAGAGAUGCAUGUUCCUAGGAGGCAAAGAACAGAUGAAUAGAAUAUUUAUUCUUAAUUUGUGGGUGGAGCUAUGCCUGUUGGCUCGGUGCAUUUGUGGCUAUGCCAAUGAAUAAUAUGGACAUGGCGGCAUUAAAAUUUUAUUUUAAGCCAUCUGCAAGUGCGACUUCGCAUUCCUGGACAAGGAAUAUGCUUCGUUCUGGUUCAUUUCGUGAUAUCUCAGCUGAAGCAUCAGGCGACAGCCGCUCUUUGUUUUGGGGAUGUUUCUUAUCCUUUCGAUCCGACCUUCCUUUCGAAGCCGAUGCGAAUCGAGGACCUUGGGUAGAUAGCAGUUUCGAAACAGCCGCCCAUCUCAGCAACCCGUCAGUUGCCUUUAGCCUCCGAUCUAAAGCCCAGACCCUGCACAGAAGACGACGAUAAUGCCUUUUGUCCUCGCAACCCCUCUGCCUGCUCCUUGAAAGCAAAGGAGUGUCAUAUUCGGUUAAUGAUACACGCAGCUCGCGCGUCGAACAAACAACAGCAUUUCUGUGUUCUAUUAAGCCCGGAAAAAUGCCUUCUUCGGUUCAACCAAAUGCGGGCGUCAUAGAGUAAGCGACGAUCAGCUGGUCGUCAGUUUUGAAGCACUAUACGACCAGUCAAUCAAAGAUCUGUCCCAGAUGACAUAGUGACUUAGGGAGGUGCGUACCCUCCAUAAUCCGCCUACUCCUUCAUCGAGUCCGGGUGCGAAGACACUAUUCACAUAGCAAAAGACCGAGUCCGUUUCCUUACAAUCAAGCUUCUUCCUGAGAAACUUGACGACCGUCUCAAACUUCUGCGAAGCGCUGAUCUUGAACACCCUAUUCUUAAGAAUUGGAGCAGAAGCUAGAGGCUGGAACCGGACGGUGACUAUUGGAGAGUUAGAGCAAAAAAUAUCCUGAUAGAUGAAGGCGG